AGCCCGCGGAGUUGGCUUUCAGCUGUUUGUGUUCGGGGCGCGGCGGUGUGCCUCCGGCUGGACCAUGCCAGUGCAGAUCAGGCGCCUUCUCAGCGACGUGACGGAGAGCAACAGCAGCAAUGACGAGACCCGCAAGCAGCUUCUGCUGCUCCUCUCCAGUAAGAGAGUGCAGAAGGCCUUGAGGACAUGCCAACAGCGCCUGUCUCCUGUGCCGGAAGCGACCGAGUUGAGCCGGGCAAAGCUGCUGAAGAUCCUGGCUGAAGCGUACACUCUUUGGAAGAAGCGACCGGUGUGGGGCGCCCGCCCGGACGAAACCUGGGGGCUCUUCCUGGAAAACGUGGAUGACAUCGUGAAGCCUUACUGCCAGGGUUUGGCCCUGAUGCCGGAGGAGGACUGGAAUGGUGUGAAGUUUUGGUGCACACGAAUCUCCCCACGCCGACUGUGUGACAUCGUCGUUGCCAGCCUUGACUUUCACCGAGCGCCCGAGCCAGCGCAAGUGAUGCGAGUCUCGAGAGUUUUGGAAGCGACAGCUGCAGCUGUGACGGCUGCGGCUGCAUCUCCGUUGGAUUAGGUUGACCCCCUUUCGGACCAGAAAGGGGUUUAUAAGGAGGGGAUUCCGUGAAUAUUGC